GUUUUUACUAUAAAAUAUACAGUGUAUACUAGAAGACGUGAUGGGGACCAGUAUAACUGAGAGAGAAAAUUGGCAACGGUAGUUUUUUUUUUGCAAAUGAAUUCCUUCCCCGAAAAAUUUAGAGCAAUGGAUCGACCAAGAAGAGAAAAGUACGAUUCUAGAUCUCCUCGACCAAACCCAAUUGGAACGCAUUCUUCAACGGACCCCAUUGCGGCUCUCGAACGGCGAUUAGAAUUUUUGGAACAUCGAGUAGACGUCUUGUCUAGAGCUAAGCAGGCGACGCCCGCACGAAGACCCCAAACGUUGGAAGGUCUCUGCUGUUUGACAACAGAGACUGUCGUGGGAGCCGCUCCACAAUCGCAGCGACGCACACAACCCUGGAUGAAAUAUGGGACUAAGACAUCGAGUGGAAUGGCCGUCAACAGCUCUUACAAACCUCCGGUGCCACCUCGGCACACUUCAUCAGCCUCACAAACCAUUCUACCACCUGUUACGGCUGCUAGUGGCGAACCGAUAAAAUCGUAUCUUAUGUUAUUACCAAUAGCCAAAAGAUAUGUAAAAUGA